UCGCACUCCUCAUACACCAGUCCUCCAUUUAUUCACCACGCAAAAUGAGUGCAGACGAAGAGACCUCCUCAAGCGGCUCGCCGGUCGUGAUCGGUCUGUCAUUUGGUAAUGCCUACAGCAGCAUCGCCUUCACAUCUCCCUCAGAUGGCACCGCCGCAGUGAUUGCCAACGAAGAGGGUGACCGACAGAUCCCCUCCAUCCUCUCAUAUGUCAGCGGAGAAGAGUUCCACGGCACCCAAGCAAAGGCACAAAUUAUCCGCAACCCUCGAAACACCGUCGCAUUCUUCCGCGACUAUCUCGGAAAAGGUUUUAAGGAUAUCGAUGCGACGCCCUGCCACGCCAGUGCCCACCCCGUCGAGAAGAAUGGAGUCAGCUUCGAGGUCCAGGAAGGAGAGGGAGACGCCAAGAGCACAUUAUCAGUAUCCGAGGUCGCAACACGGCAUUUGAAGAGACUGAAGGAGAGUGCUUCCGACUACCUCGGACGUCCGGUUACUGCUGCUGUAGUCACUGUUCCUUCAGACUUUGACGAUGCGCAAAAAUCUGCGCUCUCCGAGUCCGCCGCCGCUGCCGGUAUCGACAUCCUCCAAUUCAUCUCAGAACCCAUCUCCGCUCUCCUCGCCCACGAUGCGAAAUUGCAGGCCGCCGGCGAGGCCAACGCCCAAGACAAGAUUAUCGUCGUCGCAGAUCUCGGCUCUAGCCGCAGCGAUGUAACGGUUGUUGCCAGCAGAGGAGGAAUCUACACCACACUCGCAACCGUCCAUGACUACGAGCUCGGUGGCAAGAACCUUGACGAAGUCCUCGCCGAAUACGCUGCUAAGGAAUACUUGAAGAAGAACAAGAGCGCCGCCGACCCGAGGAAAGAUGAGCGUGGUUUGGCCAAACUUAACUUGGAGGCUGAGGCUGUCAAGAAAGCUCUAUCGAUAGGCGCCUCUGCACAGUUUGCCAUCGAGAGUUUGACGGAUGGCAUCGAUUUCAACCUCAGCGUAAACCGCACCCGAUUCGACCUCUUGGGAAACAAAGUCUUUGGAUCCAUCGUUCGCCUACUCGAAUCGGCUGUCGCCAAAGCUAACCUCGACCUAUUGGAUGUUGACGAAGUUCUCCUAUCCGGUGGCUCGUCGCAUGUCCCGAAGAUCGCUGCAAGCGUUCAAUCAGCUUUCCCCGAGACCACGACUGUCAUCGCGCCUAGCACGAGCCCGAGUGCUAUUAACCCAUCAGAGCUGGCUGUGCGUGGAGCCGCGAUGCAAGCGAGUUUGAUCGCUGAGUUCGAGAAGGAGCACAUCGCAGCUUCGACCGAGGCCGUCGUGACCGUCACACCGCAGCUCACCCAGGCCAUCGGUCUGGCAUUGGAAGGCGGUGAGGGAGGAUCGUCAUUUGCCGUGAUUGUCGAGCCCCACACUCCCGUCCCAGUCCGACGAACCGCUCAGCUCUCCGUCCCUGCCGGUGGUGAUGUCCUACUCCGCGUUGCCGAGGGCAAACGUGAGAUCAAGGUCACCCAGCAGGCACCUGCACCCAAGGACGAGGACGACGAUGACGAAGAUGAUGAGGACGACGAGGAUGAUGAACCUGAGGAAGUACGUGAGAAGGUUUGGAAGACCGGCAAUGUCCUUGCAGAACUCGCGAUCCGCGAUGUCAAGGCCAAGGGCAAGGUUGAGGUGCAGAUCAACGUCGGUGCUGAUCUCGCUAUCACGAUCGUUGCCAGGGAGGUCGGCGGCAAAGGUGGUGUCCGCGGCGUCGUGGAGGGCAAGGCAUAAAUCUCCAAUCGAACUCUAUAGAUAUAGUCCGAUUUGGCGGCUGGUUUGGGCAUGUCGCGCCGAAGAUACAGCAUAGAUAGAUGAUGGAUUAUGAAACUCCGC